GAGCCAUUCCAUUUUGGAACCCCGUUGUCCUCCGUUUCUGUGCAAAAGAAAGCCAGAAGAAGCAUCUCAUCAGAAAACCAAACUAUAUACAAUGCAAGAGCAAUCCGUCAUAAUAGUGGGGUCUGGCCCCUCCGGCUUGGCCACCGCAGCCUGCCUUAACCAGCUUUCAAUACCCUACAUGAUUCUUGAAAGAGAAGAUUGUUACGCUUCUCUUUGGAAGAAAUAUGCCUAUGAUCGUCUUCAUCUUCAUUUGGCUAAACAAUUCUGUCAACUUCCUCACUUGCCAUUCCCGGCUUCUUAUCCAAAUUUAAUACCUAAAAACCUAUUCCUACAAUACUUAGAUGACUAUGUUUCUCAUUUUAACAUUAGACCUUUGUAUAAAAGAUCUGUUGACUUUGCAACCUACAGUCAAGAAAGCCAGAAAUGGACUGUUAAAGCUAGAAAUACAGUUUCUGGUGAGAUUGAAGAGUAUUCUGGGAGGUUUUUAGUAGUGGCAAGUGGAGAAACAACGGACCCUUUUACACCAAAUAUUGAAGGAAUGGAUACUUUCACUGGAGAAGUUGUUCACUCAACUAGCUAUAAAAACGGCAAGGCAUAUGGUGAUAAGAGUGUUUUAGUUGUUGGGUCUGGUAAUUCUGGCAUGGAAAUUGCACUAGACCUAGCUAACCAUGGUGCCAAAACUUCCAUAGUUGUUCGUAGUCCGGUUCACGUAUUGACAAGAGAGAUGGUAUACUUGGGUUUGGUUAUGUUGAAGUAUAUACCUUAUGGCGUGGUGGACUCAAUCAUGGUGUUGCUUAGCAAGCUAGUAUAUGGAGACCUGAGCAAGUAUGGCAUAAAUCGGCCAAAGGAGGGUCCAUUUUUCAUGAAAGUUGCAUACGGAAAGUAUCCAGUUUUUGAUAUCGGAACCUGUAAGAAGAUCAAAUCUGGGGAGAUUCAAGUCUUGCCGGCAAUAGAAAACAUUAGAGGCAAUGAGGUGAUAUUUCAGAAUGGAAAGUCACAUCCUUUUGACACUAUUGUACUUUGUACCGGCUUCAAGAGAUCAACAAAUACAUGGCUUAAGGGGGAUGAGCAUCUAUUGAACGAUGACGGACUUCCAAAACCCAAUUUCCCAAACCAUUGGAAAGGAAAGAAUGGUCUAUUCUGCGUUGGAUUGUCAAGGAGAGGACUGUAUGGAGCUUCCGCAGAUGCCCAAAACAUAGCUAAUGAAAUUAAGUCACUUCUGUGAAAAUCUCUCAAACUUACUUAGUAUUGUGUGAACAUCUCAUUUGUUAUACAAAUAUUUAAAGUUAUUGAAAUAAAAAUCAGACAUUUGUGUAA